UGUUUUUAGUGCAUUUUCUUGGUUUUUAGAGCGUUUUUCACAAUUUCUUCAUAAAAUGAACGAAAAUUGUUGUGAUUCACAAGAAACUUUCGGCAAACUGUACAAGUAACCGUAUAAUAAACAAAAAAAAAUACAUUACUGUAGUAUAAUUUAAAUUUAUUUUUCUAAUCAAUAAAAUCUGUUAUUAACUAUACAUUUUUAAUACAGCUGUGUAGUUGUCAGGAUAAUUGACAACCUGGCAUUAAUUGAACAUAACUCAACUUUUUACUUCCAUAAUGGACUUGUAUACAAUGGCGAAAAAUUAAAUUCCACAGAGUAUCCAUUCGUAAUGUAUAUUGAACUACACAAUAAAACUUCCAAAAACUAUACAAGUUGCACAGGCACAUUAGUAAAAAAAUUGUUUGUAUUGACAGCUGGUCACUGUUGUUUUAACUUCAGUGCAACUGAAAUUCAAAUAUGUCAAGGAUCACCUUUAGUUCGUAAACGUGCAGACUAUCAUAAAGUUGUCAAAAUCUACAUACACAAAGAAUUUAAAAUGUCAAAUUUGAUUAAUGACAUAUGUGUGUUGAAAUUAGAAAAAGGAGCAUUCCCGAAUAUCAAGAAAUUUUCGAAAAUUGGUGGAUCUCCUAAAGAUUUUAGAAAUGGUAACAAGUUGAAUUGUACAUUGAUUGGAUUUGGUUUGACUGGAAACAAAAAACGAAAUGGUGACACAGGAUAUACAAUGACCAAUGAUAUCAUACAUGAUGAAACUACUUGUAUAAACGGAAUUGAAUCGUUAUGGCAUCAACGGUUAUGUGUAGUGCCGUUCGGUAAGUCAAAGCCUUGUCAAGGCGACAGUGGAGGUCCGAUGAUUUGCAACAAUUUGCAAUAUGGAGUAUGCAGUCAUGGGUAUCCCUUAAUCGGAUUGAACCAAGACUGUAACUAUAAUGCCACACAGUCGGUUUAUAUGUUCAUUAAUUAUUAUGAAAAAUGGUUAAAGGAGAUAAUGGGAUCAAAAAAAAAAAAAAAACGAAGUUCUGGGAAUUUGCUUAAGCCACAUCAUUACUUAUUGCAUAUUAUAUUAACAGUAUUAUUGUGUAAUAUCUUGACUUUUAUUUUAAAUUAAUAUGAAUAUUAAAAUAAAAAAUUUUUAUGAUGGAAAAUCUUGUUAGUUUACAUCGUAUACGGAUGCAUGUCAAAUCCCGAAAAAUAAUUGUAUGGCCAGUAAGAUUCCGGAAUGUAAAUAUUUGGACGGUAAAAAACCAGAAAAUAUAAAUUUUCGGACCGUACGAAUCUGUAAAGUAUUAAUUCGCAGAGUGUAAAGGCCCGGACCGUUAGAAUCGGGUGGUUUUAGUAUUUUUACGGUCCGUGUGAUUAUUUUCCGGAUAUUUAUGGCGUCCCAUGUGCCAAAUGCAGUAUAUUACUAUUUUAUAUUAAUUAUUACUAAUUCCAAACAAAAUGU